AUGUGGCUGGACAGGUUUGCAGCCCAGCAACAACCAGGCAGAAACAACUCACCACCUCCAUCGAACCGAUCAUCACCACUGCCCCGUCGCACCUCCAGGUCGGGUGGCAUCAGCCCCUAUACAACCUCCCAACAACAACGGCCAGGGAUAUCACCUAGAGGGUCUUCCCUGUCGCUUGUAUCUAACGAUUCCUCCUCCUCCCUACUUGCCUCUUCACGGCGCGCCAAUGGCUCCGCCCUGAGGCAGUCGACGACGGUGGACGAUGCUCCCGAUCCUGAGGAGGUGCUCGCCCGGAUACUGGGCCCGUUGUCUGUCGAUGUAGCGCCAGCGCAGCACAGCAGCUCGACUGGGAUAACGGAGGAAGAUUUGGAGUUGGAGUUUGACUUUGGUGGUCUGAGUUUGCGUGAGCUUGCUGAAAGUGACGAUGCCGACCAACUAGAAACGGUGGACACGUACAGACCACAGACGGUAGAAGACUGUAGGUCAUCGUCCCCAGCCUGCUGCAAGGCAUUGCGUUUCCCUUCUUGUACUUAUGAUAGUUUCGCGUUAGUUGAACGAGAUAAAGCCAAAUUCGAAGAGCUUCACCGGUCCAUUCGAGCGUGUGAUGACAUCCUGAAUUCCGUCGAGACGAACCUGACCAGUUUCCGCAACGACCUCGCUGCUGUGUCUGCCGAUAUUGAGAGCCUCCAAGCCAGAUCUACCGCCCUGAAUGUCAGAUUAGAAAACAGAAAGGCUGUUGAAAAGGCCUUGGGGCCGAUAGUGGAGGAGCUCAGCGUGUCGCCCAUGGUGGUUUCCAAGAUUGCAGAGGGACACAUCGACGAAGCAUGGAUCAAAACUCUGGCCGAGGUGGACAAGAGAGCUAUGGCUCACAAGAAGAACUCGCAGCAACAAACGCAAAAUAAAGCGCUGGCUGAUACUGGGCCGUUGUUGGAGAAGUUGGUUCUCAAGGCCAUUGAAAGAAUUCGAGACUUUCUCGUGGCCCAGAUCAAAGCCUUGCGAUCCCCCAACAUCAACGCCCAAAUCAUCCAACAACAAAAUUUCAUCAAGUUCAAGGACCUGUUUGGCUUCCUCAACCGUCAUCAGCCGGUCCUAGCAGGGGAAAUAUGCCAAGCCUACCUCAACACCAUGAGGUGGUACUACCUCAACCAGUUCACCCGCUACGAAAAGGCGCUCCUAAGACUCAAGUUGCAUGUCCUGGACAAAAACGACGUCCUAGGCCACGACGACAGCCCCACCACCCGCCGAACCACUCUUCUAUCCUCCUCCAAACUCGCCCCCGGCGCCCCUCCGCACGAUGCUUUCAACCUCGGCCGGAGGAUUGAUGUCCUCAAAAAUAACAACAACCUGGCCAUCUCUUCUUACCUCGCCGAGGAGGACACCUCGACUCACUACCUGGAGACGGUGUUCAGAAACUUCAACCUGGCGCUGAUAGACAACACCACGGCGGAAUAUACCUUUUUGGCAGGGUUCUUCUCCCCAGCCCUAUCGUACGGCACGAUAAGCAGGCACUUUACUCAGAUAUUCGAGCCCACCUUCUCCCUCGGGCAGCAGCUCACCCGACAGCUCGUGUCUGAAACAUACGAUGGGCUGGGUGUCCUGUUGUGUCUCCGGCUCAACCAAAAAUACGCGUUUGAACUCCAGCGUCGCCGGAUCCCGUCGGUGGACUCUUAUAUUAAUGGCACGGGCAUGGAGCUCUGGCCGAGGCUGCAGUCCAUCAUGGACGCGCAUCGGGAGUCGGUCAAGACUUUCACUAACGGUUUGGGCACGAAGCAGCCGACGGCUGCGGUGGCCAAGGCGGCGAGCGCGGCGCCGCAUGUGGUGACGCAGAGGUUUGGGCAGCUGUUGCAUGGGAUACUGGCUUUGAGCACGGAGGCUGGGGAUGACGAGCCGGUGGUGGCGAGCUUGAGGAGGUUGGGGGGGGAGGUGGAGAGGUUUUUGGAGGGGUGGAGCAGGACUCGGUUUGGGGAGGUGGAGGGACGGAAGGGGAGGAGGUUUUUGUAUAAUAAUUGGAGCUUGGUGUUGACUAUUCUUGGGGAUGUGGCGCUGGAGGGGGAGGGGAAGAUGGGGAGGGAGUUUGUGGGGUGGGUGGAGGGGUUGAAGGGGAAGUACCAGGAGGAUGGUUGA